UCUUCGUUUCCUUUGGUCAUAUCCUUUUUACUCCAUUUUUGCCCUUAAAAGAGAGACAAAUAUAUUUCCCAAACAUAUAUUAUUCCGCAAAGUAAGUGCACACCUGUAACAAACAGUCAUUUUCUAUGGCCUUAAAGUAGAAGGUGAGGUAAGCCCAAGCCACGUGUCAGCCAAUCACAAUCCAGGAUCCAGAUCCGGUGAGACUAUGGAGGUGUUUCAGGAGUAUAUCUACGAGCUGAUUCUCCACACAGCUCAAUAUGUUCCAACUGUAGCAGGUUUUAACUUAGAUCCCUGGCCGAAGAAAGUUUUAAGAUGAAGCCGUUGGUCCUGCUGCUCUUUUCCAUUUGCUGUUUUCCGGAUUCGGUUGGUUCCGCUUCGCCUGUGGAAGACGCGUAUAACGUGGUGAUCAGCGUCGUUGCUCCGGGGCAGCGCUUUCUGACCGGGGAGUCCCUUCGCUCCCUUUUUAAUACCCUGCAGGAUCGUGUGCAGUGCGGCGAGGUGCCGUGUGAAAAGUGUGAUCUGGCUGCUGCUGUUGAUCAGCUCAUCGGGAAUCACUCCAGCCAUGCGGAGGAAGCACAUGAGAAAAUCGAGGCAAACGAGACUGUCAGUGUGUCUCAGUUCCCAGCUCUUGCUGCAGGCAGCGUCCUCUAUCUCAUCUCGCCUGACUUGGUCUGUGCUGCGAUUGGAGAGGGGAAAUGGGCAGAGGAGAAGGAGCGUUUCCUUCACAAAUAUACCCAUAUGGACCACUACAAACACGCUCACAGUCACAUAGGCAUUAUUGGACUUGAGAGUGUGAUUCAGGAUCUGCACAACCACUAUGAGCCUUCAGAUGAUAAGAACUGUGUAACAGCUAGUGGCAUCAUGAUGGAGGUUGACCCAGCGUCAUCAGAUCAGAUACAGGAAGUAGGUGCAGUUUUGGGGCGUGUAUUGUACCACGCCCUCCUUGGUCAUUGCUUUGGUCAGCCCCUACCAGAGGAGAGCUUUUUCCUGGAUUUUGUCAUGACUCAACUUGGUUCAGAAAAUUUCACUGUUCAUGAUUUAGAGGUUCUCAUGAAGAGCCUUAAAAUUGGACCAGAGGAGGACCACGAUCAUGAUCAUGACCAUAUUGAAGAUGCUAAAAAUUAUCAGAGGAAGCAGAGAGGACAAGUGCGUCAUGUAGGAGAUCAAACUAACAACACCUGGGAUGAGCAAUGUUUCACAGCUGAAGAAUUGGUCCAGAUCUAUGGUCUGUCUGGGGAAAGUUCUGGAAUGGGAAGAUCUGGCUUUGCAAAGCUGAGUCCUGCAUUGGUCCAGCAGAUCCUGAGUGGAUCAUGCUCAAAGGUUAUAGAACCAGCAACCUCCGAUCAGCUCUCCAAAACUGAGAAAUACCUCUAUGCGACCCUCGCCAAUAUUGUCAUUACCCUCAUGGCCAUUUUAGGCGUUGCGAUCCUACUGUGUACCUCGUGUACCAGUGUUUUCCAGAUGUGUAUCCAGUUCUGUAUCAGCAUGGCUGUGGGUUCUCUGACUGGGGAUGCCCUGCUGCACCUCAUACCAUCGGUUCUGGGCCUACAUGUUCACUCAGGGGACGAUGACCACGAUCACCAACAUGAGGAAACCCCAGAUUAUACAUAUAAAAUGCUAGCGGUGAUUGGUGGGAUCUACGCAUUUUAUCUGAUGGAAUCCAUCUUCUCAAUGAUCACAAAUGAAAGGAAUAAUCAUCAUGAGGUACGAGGAGACCCUGAAACUGAAAAUUGUACUUUACUUCUUGGACCGAGUCACAGCGGCAUCAGUCUCAGCAGACACUCCCAAACUUCCCUCUCCUCUGACACCUCAGCAAUCUUGUCUGAGGGAAGCUCAAGGCAAUACAGGGCAAGCCAAGAGACAUGGUCCCUUCAGUGUGUCCUGGGGGCAUUAAAAACAGAUGUCCAAGCCACCUUAGCUGGCACCUGA